AUUGAUUGGCAGGGGUACAACAAACAAAAUAGACAAUACCAACCAACACUCAGGACUUUUUUGAAAGACACUUUAUGGAUACGACGAGCUGCAGACGCACUGCGGGAUUCUUUGUCUGUUAGUUAAUACGCGAAGCCUCGAGGCUAUUACUCGCUGUGAGCUCAGAAGGACCAACAUUGGGGAGCUCAGAAGGAACCUAUAUGGUAACAACAAAGAAGCCGGGAACGAUAUAUCAUAGCGACAACAUACAAGCUCAGGGAGAAACUCUAAAACCGACACAACAUGGCAGACUCUUUACAUAAUGCGCCUAUAGUCCUCGACAACGGAUCUGGCACUAUUCGAGCUGGGUUUGCAGGCGAUGAUCUACCAAAAUGUUACUUUCCUUCGUGGGUUGGUCGACCGAAGCAUCUAAGAGUUCUCGCGGGUGCCCUCGAGGGCGAGGUAUUCAUAGGACAAAAGGCCUCCACGGAAUUGAGAGGGCUGCUCAAAAUUCGGUAUCCCCUCGAGCAUGGUAUUGUCACCGACUGGGACGAUAUGGAGAGGAUCUGGGAGUAUGUUUACGGUGAAGGAUUGAAGACUCUCAGCGAAGAGCAUCCCGUUUUAUUGACGGAACCUCCUUUGAACCCCCGAAGCAAUCGCGACACCGCCGCCCAGAUCCUCUUCGAGACAUUCAACGUCCCCGCACUCCACACUUCCAUCCAAGCCGUGCUAUCACUAUACGCCAGUGGCCGAACAACCGGUAUCGUUCUCGACUCUGGUGACGGUGUUUCUCAUGCUGUACCUGUUUACGAGGGUUUCGCCAUGCCCAGCAGUAUUCGCCGAAUCGACGUGGCAGGUCGAGAUGUGACUGAGUACAUGCAGACGUUGCUACGGAAGAGUGGAUAUGUCUUUCACACGAGUGCUGAGAAGGAAGUCGUGAGGUUAAUCAAGGAGAGCGUCUCUUAUGUUGCUCAUGAUCCACGGAAAGAGGAGAGGGAUUGGGUCGGUGUGAAGCCCAAUGAGAGCAAGUUUGCCGAAUACGUGCUUCCAGACGGCUUCAAGCUCAAGAUUGGCGCGGAACGCUUUAGAGCACCCGAGAUCCUCUUUGACCCUGAGAUUAUCGGCCUCGAAUAUCCUGGUGUACACCAGAUUGUCGUUGAUGCCAUCAACCGAACAGAUCUCGACCUACGAAAAUCUCUCUACAGCAACAUCGUGCUCUCUGGAGGCAGCACAUUGACAAAGGGCUUCGGUGACCGUCUUUUGACAGAGCUGCAAAAGCUUGCAGUCAAGGACAUGAGAAUCAAGAUUUUUGCGCCACCAGAGAGAAAGUACUCUACCUGGAUUGGAGGCAGUAUUCUUGCUGGAUUGAGUACUUUCCGAAAGAUGUGGGUGAGCAUUGAUGACUGGCACGAGAACCCCGACAUUAUCCAUACCAAGUUCACGUAAGAACGACGUACAUAUGCGUGUCACCCUUUGACUUCGCAUCUUUGUGAUGCAGCCAUAACGACGAAAUAAUCGGACAUGAACAUGUCUGAGCUCAUCGACACUGAUUUUUCGUCGUCUGGACCUUUAUGAUCGAGAUGACCUUGACCUUUGUGAUCGCAAGCCCUCGCAACCCAAACCAACCCCCUUUGACGCGCUGCUGUUGUUGAUAGAGCGAUGCAGAAGCCUUGCAUGGAAUGGAAGAUUUAGUGCUGUUUGGUGUGUGUGGAGACACCAGUGCAGUUGUAGACAACCUUUGCCAGAUAGAGGAAGCCUAAUGAUACCCUGAUGUGUUGAGA